CGCGAGUUGUAGCCGCUGAGUAGCGUGUCUGGAAUCCGCUCAUUACGAGGGAAGGUCCGAACUCCAUGUGUUCGUGUGGAAUACCUUUCUCUCGCGCAGAUCUUUCCACACUCAACGAGGAACACCGAUCUUGCCUUUUCCUCCGCCGGCGAAGAUGGCUUCUCCGUUCCCACCAGGAGUGCAUGGAAUGCCUCUAGCUAAUGUGAUCUGACAGUUCAUACGACUCGAGCGAAUCAUGGGUUACCGCUUCCUGCUGAUCAGUUUCCCAGAGAUAUCAUAAAGCACAGCGCGAAAGCACCAGGUCUUACCCAACCAAAUUAAUUCCUUCAGCACACGAUAUCAUUGGGGCGGCGCCUACAACACCGCCCGGCGCGAACCACCCCUAGAAUUAGGUUGCAGUGUGGAAGAUUCACUCAUAGGCAGCUGCAUCAUUGCAUUCCUCCAGCAUUAUCAUGUUCCACUCGGGUUUGCUUCCUUCGCGAUCUGCCCCUAGAUAUGGCCUGAUGCGCCAUUUUGAUGGGCGCGCUUUGCCGCAACCGGAACUAGAACCCCCGAGCGCGUUAUGUGUGCUCCGCGCACGAUCCUGUGUGGUGGCCUUAAUCAGCAUGUCCGUUGUGACUGGGACCCCGCGGAGUAGCGCUGAAGGACUGGCUGCCGAUAGGAGUCCUUCCUAUUCCAGCUCCAUUCACCAGGAAUCACUUCUGUGGUUCUUGAUCCUUUCUCGUUUUCAAAUCAGUGUGGUUGUGGCGCGAUCGCGUUUGCACAUCAAUUCAAUUGGUUUACUAUUAUGCACUGCUGACGAAUCUUUGAUUCUAAAUAGCAUGGCCUGGGAGGUCACAACCAAUGGUUUUACCUUUUCCCUCUGUUGCGUACUCAUGUCAUUAUUGUUGGCUUCUAUAUUCUAUUGCGCGAGGAUCCAUUAUCCAGGUUGCUGUUAUAUCUUCCAGUGGCCAACUCAAUUUGGGGUGUUCUGCUUGAGUGGAGCUUUCAUGAGCGAAUGAAUAACAGGGCAUAACCAGUUCUGUAAUUGGAAUAGCAGCA